AUGUUAUACCCUCUCCUUGCUCUUGGCCUCGGCGUGGCCGUUGCUGAAGCUGCCGUCGCGCGGACUUCUGGGUGCCAGUUACACUUUACGGCCUCAGGAGCCAUCUCAGGCCCUGUUGGUGAGAUUUCGUCUGGCCAGGUGCGAGCUGGUGGCGGUGUGAAGUCGACCACCUUCACUCUGCAGGGAGCCCAGCUGUGGGACGACAAGGGCCGUGGGUGCUGGUGGACUCCCCCAACCCACGUCCUCCAGUGCGACGAGAAUCAGUCGCCAGACAAUGGAUUCAAGGUUGGCUGCGAUGGCCGCGUCUCGUAUAACGGACAGACGGAGUUCUGGGAGUGUCAGACCGGCGACAGUGGCCAGUAUAACGUCUAUCUCAACGGCGAACAAGGCGUCAACUGCAACAAGAUUAGCCUCGAUGCUGAUAGCUGCCACUCUGAAUGUCCUCCUCCUCCUCCGUCGCCGACGCCAACACCACCACCUCCUCCUCCAAAGUCUUGCCCGGCAAACCUCAACGGAGCUUAUGAGUUCCCUCACCUCAUCAUCCCCGUGGACAAGACCAAGCCUGACAAUGCCCCUGGAACGUCCUACUUUGGCGAGAUCUCCGACAGCGUCUCUUCCAUCUUCAACUUUGACAUCCCCAGCGGCGACAAAGGCAAGAAGUGCAGCCUUGUGUUCCUCUUCCCUCAGCAAAAAGAUCUCCAGACGUCGUCCUUUACCUUUUCUGGUUCAGGAGAUCUGGACUUUGCCUGGCUGAACGGCCCUGCUAGUCAAGGUACCACGUGGAACAACCAGCCGGGCGAGAAGCAGGACUUUGGAACGACGACAGUUUCGCCUGGGAACGGCUAUGUGAUUUCUACGUUUGAUUGCCCGGCUGGAGAGACUGUUGCGUUUGAGAUUUCGGAUGCAAACGGCGGAGGGACUUUGUUUAGGUACUUUCAGGAUUAUAACCCGUCGCCUAUUGGAUUGUACAUUACGAAGUGCUAG